AUGGGGUGGAAGGGGAACGGCAUUCCUUUGCAAGUGCUUCCCAAGCGGCAUCAGGCUGGUCUGCCACUGCUUUGUGCUGUUUUAAUCUCUUUGGGGAAAUCAAGCUCUAAAUCGGUGAGCCAGGUGCAGGCCCAGGCCACAGAGGCUAUGGCAGAACCAGCCUAUACCAUACCAGCUUUCCGGCAGAGGUCUGCUGAGGAGACGGAGGAGUACCAGAGAGUGAGCACAAAUGUUGGGAAAGGACUGGCUGUGAUUCAGGAGGAGCUCCACAGGAUGAGGGUGGCCACCAAGGCCCAAGUAGAGACCAUGAAUAUCAAAAAAGAGGUGAGGGAGUUAAUGGCAAGAAAGGUGGAUGUGUUGGAUGACGUUCCCAAGAUGCCCGACUUUCUGGUGGCCCUGCGUCCCCACACUGUGUGGGAGAAGACCCCAGUCAAGCUUUUUACCACUGUGGAGGGCAACCCAAGGCCCAUUGUCAAAUGGUAUAAAGGAGGAGUGCCGGUCGACCCACUGAGUGCUCCAGGAAAGUACAAGAUUGAAAGCAAGUAUGGAGUCCACAGUUUGACCAUUAGCAGGUGUGUUGUGAGUGACACUGCAGAGUACAGUGCGGUGGCGACCAACCAGUACGGCACAGCUACCAGCAAGGCCACAGUUACCGUGAAGAGACCAGCAGGAGGCGCAGAAUCCUGUCAGCUCGGUCUAGUGCCCCAUCUGACUGAGAUCCAUCCCAGUAAGCUGGAGGUCACCUUGCUCGAUAGGUUUCAGGUGUCUUUUGGUGUGGAGGGAGGAUCCAUCCGACUGGUGUCGACGAUGGUCGUCGUCCCCAACCUCCCCAACGUGCCACCCCUCGCCCAGUGGUACAGAGAUGAUAAACUACUGAAACCGAGUCAUCUGGCAGAGAUGUCUGUGUGCGGGAGUUCAGCGAGCCUGACUCUGCCUCAUCUGGCCAAGGACGACGAGGGCCUCUACACUCUGCGGAUCUUCACCAAGGACGGCACGGCCGAGCACAGCGCCUACCUGUUCGUCUCAGAUGCUGCCCCCUCUACUGCAGGAGCCCCCGGCGCACCCAUGAGUGUCAAGGCCUAUGACAUCAACUCGGAUUACGUCCUGGUUGCCUGGAAACCCCCCAACACCGUCAACGAGGCUCCGAUCACAGGAUACUUUGUGGAUCGGUGUGAAGCUGGUACUGACACCUGGGUCCAGUGCAACGAUGCCCCGGUGAAGGUGUGCAAAUACCCAGUGCACGGCCUCAGCGUGGGCCAUUCCUACUACUUCCGGGUGAGAGCCGUGAACAGCGCGGGCAUCAGCAGACCCUCGCGCAAGUCAGACAAAGUGAUGGCCAUCGAUGCGGCAGAGAGCGAGAGACUGCAAGGUACCGAGGAAGUGAUUAAAAUAGAAGGAAAGUAUGACAUAGUGAUCAAGGCUGAUGACCUGGAAGGCUACGUUGUUAUACCAGGCGAGCCCACAGAUGUGCAUGCAUCUGAGAUUUUCAAAUCAUAUGUGGUGCUGAGCUGGAAGCCUCCCAGCCCCCGCGGACGAGCUCCGCUGUGGUACAUCAUCGAGAAGUGCUUAGCAGGCACUGGGGCAUGGCAGCGGAUCAACACCGCGGUAAAGUUGCAUUCACCUCGGUACCCAGUCUUUGAUUUGCAAGAUGGGCAAAAGUACCAGUUCCGAGUGUACUCAGUCAACAUGCAUGGCUCCAGCGAGGCCUCGGCGCCCUCUGAGCCCAUCCAAAAGGUUGAUGGAGAUGGCGUUCCCUCUGCUCCUGGUCAAGUUGUGGCUACCAGGAACACCAAGUCAUCAGUGUUCGUUCAGUGGGAAGUUCCCAAACAUCUGAAACACCUCAUGGGAUACUACAUUGAUGGCCGUGCAGUUGGAUCCAAGGACUGGUUUGUGGUCCAUGGCCUGAUUCCAGGGGAGAGCUAUGUGUUCCGAGUCCAAGCCGUCAAUGUCUUCGGACUCAGUGAAGAGUCUCAGGAAUCUUCUCCCAUUGCUGUGGAACCUGCACUUGCCACCCCCAGUGCUCCCUAUGGCAUCAGCAUGCUGAGCUGCGAUGGCUCCUCCAUGACUGUGGCCUGGAAGAGCCCCAAACACUGCGGCGGCUCCAAGGUCAACGCCUACUACAUCGACAAGCGGGACGCCGACACUCUGGUGUGGAAGGAGGUUAACCUGUCUGCCGUCACAGAGAGAAUCUGCACCGUGGACAAUCUAACGGAGGGAACCUUUUACGAGUUCAGGAUCCAGGCUGGUAAUCUGGCUGGUGUUGGUGUGCCAUCAGCUCCAAGUGCGCCAAUGAAAUGUGAAGCUUGGACCAUGGAAGAGCCAGGCCCAGCCUAUGACCUGAGCUUCAGUGAGGUCAGAGGUAACUCUCUGGUCAUCCUGUGGAAGGCUCCGGUUUACACCGGUGCGAGCGCUGUGACCGGAUACACGGUGGACAUGGCCAAGAAGGGCUCCUCUGAGUUCGUCACUCUGAACGAAGAAGCCGUGAGCCAUCGCUACCUGCAGGUGACCGGCCUCCAGGAGGGAGAACACUACGUGUUCAGGGUCCGUGCCAUCAACGCGAGCGGAGCCGGGAAACCCUCGCAGGUGUCGGAGCCAGUCUGUGCCAAGGCUCUUCCAGGCACCAAUGAGAUAGAGGUUGGUGUGGAUGAGGAGACUGGCGACAUCUUCCUGUCUUUGGAGGCCUGCGAGAUUUCGGAGACGUCCAAGUUUGUGUGGUCGAAGAAUUACAAACCCAUUGGUGACUGCCCCAGGGUCUCUAUGUCAGCAAAGGGCAGAACUUCCAGGCUUACUUUCACCAGCCCCGAUAAGGACGACUUGGGCAGGUAUUCUGUGGUGGUCACCGACACAGACGGGGUAUCGGCCAGCCACACUCUGACCGAGGACGCUCUGAACACCAUGCUCGAGCUCAGCCAUGCCAUCAGACACCCAGUCGUUCCUCUCAAACACGGUCUGAACUAUGAGGUUCUGGAGAAAGGCCACGUCCGCUUCUGGCUGCAAGCUGUCAAACUGUCCCCAUCCGUGUCCUACAGGUUCAUUGUUAAUGACAAAGAGGUCACCAGUGGUGAGGGUCAGAAGAUCAGCCACGAUGUGGCUUCAGGAGUCAUCCAGAUGACCGUGGAACACUUCACCAGAGCCAACGAGGGCACUUACACUGUCCAGAUCAAUGACGGCAAGGCCAAAACCCAGAGCUCUCUGGUCCUGGUGGGAGAUGUGUUCAAAGCUGCUCUGAAAUCAGCCGAGUUUCAGAGGAAAGAGCACAUCAGGAAGCAGGGCCCACACUUCUCUGAGUAUCUCUACUUCACCGUCACUGAGGAUUGCACUGUCAUGCUGGCCUGCAAGGUGGCCAACGUGAAAAAGGAGACUUCUUUCUCCUGGUACAAAGAGGACGAUGAGAUCGUUCCAGAGACACCCCCCAACUUCUCCAGAAAAGAUCAGGGUGUGUACAAGGCUGUGCUGGGUGACGACAGAGGAAAGGACACAUCCACGAUUGAAAUUUCAGGCCAAGUGUUUGAUGACAUCAUCAACGCCAUUGCCCGCAUCGCCGGCGCCUCUGCCUCUGAACUGGUGAUGCAGUGUACUCCGGAGGGCAUCAGGCUGCAGUGCUACAUGAGCUACUACACAGAGGAGAUGAAGACCGUGUGGAAGCACAAGGAAAGUAAGAUCGCCUCCUCUGAGAAGAUGAGGAUCGGUGGAACGGCCGAGAUGGCCUGGAUGCAGAUCUGUGACCCGUCCGACAAGGAGAAGGGUCACUACUCCAUUGAGAUCUCGGACGGCGUCACAACCCACACCCGCACGUUUGACCUCUCUGGACAAGCAUACACUGAUGCCUAUGAGGAGUACUUGAGGCUGAAGGCUGCUGCAUUUGCCGAGAAGAACCGCGGCAGAGUGGUUGGUGGUCUUCCUGAUGUGGUCACUAUCAUGGAACAGAAGUCCCUGAGCCUGACCUGCACCGUGUGGGGCGAGCCGACUCCCGAGGUGACCUGGUUCAAGAACGAGCAGGAGGUCUCCUCCACCGAGCACACCAAGGUGACGUUCGACGGCGGCAAGUUCGCCAGUCUGGUCAUCACCCAAGUGACCCCCGAAGACUCCGGCAAGUACAGCAUCAACGUGCGGAACAAGUACGGCGGCGAGUUCGUGGAGAUCACCGUCAGCGUCUACAAGCACGGGGAGCAGAUCCCGGAGCCCAGACUGGGACAGCCCAAAGCGGCCACGCCCGCCGUCACGCCCGUCCCGCCCAAAUCCCCGGCCCCUCCCUCCAAAACCCCCACCCCGGUCCCGUCCAAGGCCCCGACCCCGGCCUCCAUGAAGAGCCCGACCCCGGCCUCCACCCCGGUACCCAAGUCCCCCACCCCAACCCCGAAGUCCCCCACCCCGACCCCCAAGUCCCCCACCCCGACUCGCAGCGUCAAGUCCCCGACUCCGCCCAGAUCUCAAACCAGCCACCGAGGCUGCGAAUACAAGCGCUCAGUUCCUGUCCAAAUCAGAGAGGUCCAUUGCUUUGUGAUGGCAAUAAACCUUCCUUAUCAAUCUCCCGCCGUCUCUGAGAUCAGAACCGCACACAAAAACAAUGAUUUCGCUCCCGGUAAUGACGUAAACAGGAGGCCUGCUGCAUGCCCUCACAGAGGAGAUCCGGCAUCCAUGGAGUCCAAUCUGUCCUGCCUGUCCUCCUUAGCGGAAGAGAACCCCGAGGCCUACGUUCAACCGAGUUACCGAGAAUCCUACCGCCUGGCCAUUUACGCCCUGCUCUGCGGGGGCAAAGAGGCCUACCGGGAGUUUCUGCGAGCGGAGCAGAUCAGCUACUUUCUCUCAGAGGAGGAGAUCCUCUUCAUCCUGAGAAAUGCGGAAUUACCGGUCGUGGAGGAUGAGCCGAAAGGCACACAGACCACAGACGAGGUCGGAUCCUCCACCUACUCCCCCACGGCGUCCUACGAGGAGGUGCCGGACCUGGAGCUGGGGUGGCCCGGGGUGUCCCCGGAAAGCGCGGACACCAGCAUCAGCCUGCUGUUUCAGCCCCCCAGACAGAACACGCCCACCAUCAAGGAGGUGGUGCGGAGGCAGAUCCAGGAGGCGCGUGAGGUCGUCGCCAUCGCCAUGGACGUCUUCACUGACGCCGACAUUUUCAAGGAGCUCAUCAACGCCGCGCUGAGGGGAGUGGGCGUCUACAUCCUUCUGGAUGAUUCCCAGGUCGGCGGCUUCCUGGACAUGUCGCACAGCGUGGGCAUCAACGUCCACGACAUCAAGAACCUCCGAGUUCGGACAGUUCAAGGAGACGAGUAUCAGUGUCAGUCCGGGCAGAAGUUUCAUGGAGGUUUGGAGCAGAAGUUUCUCCUGGUGGACUGCAAGACAGUUUUGUAUGGAACCUACAGCUUCACGUGGUCAUUCGAGAAGAUCAACCUGAGCAUGGUGCUGGUCGUCACCGGUCAGCUGGUGUCUCAGUACGACGAGGAGUUCAGAAGGCUGUACGCUCGCUCGGUGGUCCCGGCGGCCUUGUCCAGGUGGGGGCACCCUGUGCCGUACCUCAGAGACCCCGUGGCCGUGCAGAGCCCCAACGCCAGCAGGCUUUCUCUCAAUCAAGUUCCCAUGAGAUCCACGGUUCUCCACAACACGAGGGGCGCCCAGCAUGACAGAUUUAACAACUCUUAUAUGUUAGGUAGGGGCGUGAGCGUGCAGGAGAGCCUGCAUCAGUCCCACUGUGCUGAUAUGGGGUCCUUGGUAAGAGGGCAUAGUUAUGGCGGAGAGCUGCAGAAGCUAAACUUCAUGACUCGAUCAAGGAUGGGAACACAGGAUGUGAAAAAUCCUCCCGAGAGACCCGAAUCCCGACUGAGAGGUGGGAGGCAACUGCCCCAGGCCAACAGGAUGUACCACAGGCACCAGACUCGCUACGGCACCGACCAGAAUCUCAUACCGUUCAACUCUGAAACAUCUCUCAACAGGUGGAAGAUUGACACGUACGUUAAUGAAAAUGGCAUGUCCCCGGGAGCAUCGUGUGAUGCAAUAUCCCCCCUAAUGUCUCCGUACAGCAGUCUCACCGGCCUGAAUGAGCACCAGUCACAACUGAUUCACAGCAGGUCAAGGGACAUCAAGUCUAGACUGGAAGAAAUUAGGCAAAAGAGGCUCAGUCUGCAGGACUACGCCAAUUUCAGACAGAGCCAAGAGUCCUUGAGUCCUUUCUACUCAAGCAUAGAAAGGCAGAAAUGCAUGCAAGGAGGCCGUGACAUAAGACAGAGUGAAGCAGAAAUGGUGCAAAGUACACAAAACAGAGGAAGGAUGGAUGACUCUGCCUCUCCCUACAGUAUCAGAACCAAUGCAGACCAAAAGUCAAGGCAGGCAUUACACUGGCAUGAGCCAGCUUUUUCCAGGACAAAAGCCGAUGCUGAUUCAGACUUGAAACUGGCUGAUGCAAUGCUCAAGAUCCCUCACUCAGCACAAUCAAGUGGUCUCGGCAUCCAGAAUUCAAGACUGAUGGAGUCAUUGACAGAAAUCCCUGAAGAAAAAGAGCUGCCGAACCAUGGACUGAGUUUAGGAUCAACCGUCGGAGAAAAGACGGAAAAGAUUUGCAAAGAUGACAAAGAUCCUCUCGGAGAGAACUUAGGGGAGUCAAUUAUACCUGCAGGGGUGGCCCAUGUGUCUCAACAUAGUAGUACGGACUUUUUACCUUCCCCAGAAAAAGGAAAUGAAUCAACUGCUCUAAACAAUUUAAAUGCAUCCGCAGGAUGUCAUCCUGUAGUGGAAGGUCAAAGUGAUCACACAGAAAUAGGGCAAACACAACCGGAGGCAUCAGACACCUGGAGGAAAAAUUCCGUAGGAACCAAAGCGCCCAUAGUCGAUGAAAAGAAGGCCUCCAAAAAAGAGAGAACGACUAAGAAGAGCCAGUCACCAGGACUCUCCAGGUCACAUUCGGAUGCAGAGAAGCAUAAAUCUCCGUUUUCCAGGCUAACCCCUCAGCGUCUAAGCAAAAGGAAGACAAAUCUGGCGGCAGAUAAAGAGCCAGUCUCGAGGAGCACUCCGGGAAGUGAAGCCGCUGCUUCUCACAACAAGACAGAGAAAGUCUACAGUAAAUAUGAGUAUUUUCUCAGCCCUGGAAGUAUCUCGGACAACGCCAGGAGCUCCUCGCUGCACAGACAGGACGGUGGCCACGCAGCGUUUCAGACACACGGCACCACUGACAACAAACUGGGCCGACUCAUGCAACGAGUUGGAAAUCUCAUCAGCAAAAACAAAGUAAGAAUGAAGUUCAAUUUGGAGGAAAAUGCUGAAGCUCAUCAUUUUAACGUAUCUCGAGCAACAUUCAAGUCAACUUCUCUGGGUCAGAACAUUUGGGAGCAGCACUGGAGAGAAUGGGAAAAAUGGAAGACUUUCCUGGGUCUCGAUCUCAAACUUUUUCAGCGCGAUGAAAUACUGAACGAAAGGUUCUCCCAGGGCACUGCAGAUGACGCCAUCCUCCCCCAGAGCCUCCAGGGCGUCGUCCAGCUUCACCGGAAUGGCAAACUCCUUCUGCUGGCUGGGGGCUUUGUUCAGAGUGCUCUCGGUGCUCAGGUUUCUCCUGAUGCCGUCCAGCCCCGCGGCCACGGUGGCGGCCAGGACGAUGUAGGGGUUGGCCAUGGCCGAGCCCAGCUUGUUGUCGAUGUGCGUCUCCCUCCCGCCGUGGCACUUGAUGUUGAAGGAGCUGCUGUUGUCGUUGCAGCCGCAGCUGGCGUAGAGCACUCGCUUGGGGUCUUUGACGGUCUUGGCGAUGUGGCUCCGGCAGCCCAGGCCGGGGGACAUCAGACAGCUCAGCGCGGCGGAGUGCGUCAGGAGCCCGGCCAGCCAUUUUUUCCCGAUGUCCGAAAGCUCGCCGGCCUUAUCGCCGCUGUGGAAGAGGCUGCGCCGGCCGUUGGCGUCCCACAGGCUGUGCGAGAGCACCCCGGCGUUGUACAGGCCGUCGUCGGUAAAGAAGCUGGCGAUGUAGCUGUGCUUGCGAGCCAUUUCUUUGAUGCCGUACAUGCUGUCCACCAGCUGCUGGAAGAAAGGCAGGUCGUGGUUGCUGAGAAGCGUGGUGGCAGGGAACAGCAGCGUCUUCGGGCCAAUCCGGUCGGGGGCCCCGAGGACGCAGCACUCGUAGGUGAAGGACGAGUGGAAGGAGAAUCCCAGAUUCUGGAGCUGGCCCAGAAGCUGCUUGGCAAUGAGGCGAGGCGAGGGCAAGACUUUAAAGGUGCAGAGGUCAGGGAUCAGGAGGACAUCGCUGCUGAAGUUCGCUGUGCUGGCAUGGUCCACCUCGGUGCUCUUUGGGCUCAGGGUGGUCAUUACAUGGAAGAAGCGGACUGGCACGAUCUUGGACCUCGACACCCCGUGAAGAUCAGUGGCCUCAAAGCGGACAAAGUUGAUGUUUUCUCUGGCAAUCUGCUGCUUAAUCUGCUCCAUGACUGUGAAGAACUUUUGGUUCCCAGACAACUCAACUGUGUCGUUUGA